CCUCUUCAACUCAUAGCUGGUUUUAUAAAGUCACCGCUGUCUCAAAAGAGACUGACUCAGGACAGCGUGGAGUUGUACUGCGAGGCGAUUGGCAAUCCCAUCCCUGAGAUCCAGUGGUGGUUUGAGGGCAACGACCCCAAUGAGACCUAUGCUCAGCUCUGGGAUGGCGCACGGCAGGACCGUGUCAAAAUCAACGCCACCUACAACCUGCACUCCACCAGCACCAUCUCCAUCGCAAACCUCACGGGCGACGACUCGGGCAUGUAUGAGUGCCGGGCCAGCAACGACCCCGACCGCAACCACUUGUCGAAGAGCCCCAAAGUCAAGUGGAUCCGUUCCCAGGCGAACGUUUUUGUCAUCGAACGUCCUGAAAUUACUACUCAUGUCAGUGAGAGUUCUGGCAAGCUGAUCCUCAGCUGUAACAUGUCUGCACCACACCUCACCAUCACGGGCCACAAGUGGAUUCACAGGGAGAAGAUCCUGGAGCAGGAUGAGAACCCGGGUGCUUUUACCAGCUACACAAUUGAUGGCAAGAAGGAGGAGCACUCUGGUGUCUACGAGUGCGUCUUCGAAGCAAACCCGCAGAUAAAAGGACAAGUGAACAUUUCUGUUGCCCCCCAGGUGACAGCAUACAAGAAGUCUGAGCAUGGCAACGAGGGGGACAUGGGUGUGCUGACCUGCAAGAAUCCCUCUUUCCCUGCUGUCAUCUCUUGGUCCUGGCACAAAAGCGGUCAUGGGCUCCUGGAGAACUCCUCUGGCCGAUACAUCAUCAAGUCCAGUGGCAACAAGACAGAGCUGCGCAUCCUCAAGCUGGACAUCGAGCAGGACACGGGUGAUUAUUUCUGCAAUGGCACCAACUCCUACGGCAGCGGGGACGCCACGGUGAACCUGCGCGUCCGCAGCCGCCUGGCAGCGCUCUGGCCCUUCCUGGGCAUCGUGGCAGAAGUCCUCGUGCUUGUCACCAUCAUCUUCAUCUAUGAGAAGAGGAGGAAGCCGGAUGAGGUUCCUGACGAUGAUGAUGGAGGCUCUGCACCACUGAAGAGCAAUGCCACAAACCACAAGGACAAGAACGUCCGCCAGAGAAACGCAAACUAAGGGCAGGGCCAGGUGAUGUGUAGAUGGAGAACUCGUCUGGACAAUUUUGUUUUCUUUUAAUUUUUUGGUAAAAUAGCACCAUGGAAUAUUCUAGUGCGUCCUUGCGAUUCAGUUACUUCACUUUCUAAGGAAACUUAAGUUGUAGAAUAUAAAAUAC